CAUCCCCAGGAGCUGUUCACGAAUGUGCUCUAUUCUGAAUGCGAGGCCUACCUUUGGCACCAGCCACAAACAGGAACCAUUGAGCACAUGGUCCCCACCAUCUAUAACGUCAUGAGGCAGUUUGAAGGAAUGGUUAGGUUGGUCACCACCACCUGCCUCAGGACCCCGAGCAUAACAGCCCAGUAUAGGGCCCGAGUGGUGGAGUUCUGGAUCCAGGUGGCCAAGGAGUGCCUGUACAUCAGGAACUAUGCUACCCUCCAUGCCAUUGUCUUGGCCCUGCAGAGCCCGGCUAUUCGUCAUCUGGACAGCACCUGGGGUCAUGUUUCCUGGUGGGUAGUCCUGUCCCUGAGACCAGGGCACCUGAGAGAACAGGGACACCACUGGGUCUGCCAGUGUCCCCUCAGUGGGUUGGGACUUCCUGGGAAGUGGCAGAGCCUACAGACAGGAACGGCAGGCUCUUGGGGCCCCCUGUGGGUUAGGUAACGGGUACUACCACAGGAAUCAGUUUCCUGCAAUGUCAGGUAUGGGUUGAAUUUGAAGCCCAUUGGAGAUCUUGAGCUUGUGCUCUGCAGCAGGAGGUCUCUGCCCCAAGGACAGCGACCUGGCCCAAAGCAGAUUCG